UUAAAUUAACAGGUAAUGUAUUUCAGAGCAUAUUUGGUACAAGUUGCAAAGGAGAAUGAGGUGCAAUAUGACCACACGGUUAUCGAGCAAGCUGAAAAGGAGGAUUUCCAGGCAUGCAGUGUGAUAAAUGACGAAUGGAAUGCAGAGGUGGCAAAAAUACGAGAAGAUAGAUUGGCGAACAUGAGAGAGAAACGCAAGGAGUCUAUUCUGCAGAAAUUGCUACAGCAAGAGAAGCAGGAGGAGGAACGGAGGAAUUAUAUCGACGAACACAUUAGAAAGGUUAAGGAGGAAUCUCUCACAUUCAUCACCGCAGAGAACGUGGAUGCGGCGAUCGAAGAGUGCCUGACGAAUAUCAUCGAUUAUAAUCGCGCGUUAGAUUUGAAGGGAAACUGGUAUGAUGGGGAGUAUCCUCCAAAGAGUGUUCCACCUCUUGAAGAAACGCAGAAACCGGCAGUCGUCGAGAAUUGAGUAUAGAUUUAGAAAAGAAGACAACACCUUGGUAGGCUUAUACUUGUUUUCCCAAACAUCUUAAACUUUUGCUAAAAUAUAAUUAAUUAUGAUAAUCAUAAUACAAAUAUAAUUAAUUAUGAUAAUCAUAAUAAAAACGAGCUAUUGUUAUUGUAACAAGUAUUGAAAUAAAUAUAUCCCGCGCUCUUGUUCCUUACUCUUUGCAUAAUAUUUAAUAUUCUUAGAAAAUUAGACGACCAACCAAUAUAUAUUUUGGGAUUAAUAUAUCAUUUUUUGAUUGAUAUAUACAAUAUAUCUAUUUUAUUCUGUAUCUAUACAGAAUAAAAUUUAAAAAUCG